CCUUUCCCCUGUUUCUCUCUUCUUUAAUUUUUUUUUUCUUCACAUGAAAAAAAAAAACUUUUCUUUUAUUUUUUUUGCGGUCUCUGUAGUCUAAUCGUUGCACGUAGUCUGGUUUUUAAAGCUCCUGGGUCUCUUCCUUUCUCUCCAUUUCCCAAUUCUUCUGCUGUUUGGCUGACGGGAAAGUGAGAGAAAAUUUCAGAUGGAAAGAACCGUGGAGUUUGGGAUUUUCCAUUGGAAGAGAAUUUGAUGAAUGAUGGUGGGUUCGUGGAGAUGGGAAGGGGUGAUGUCAGAUCCAGGAGAUGAAGGAGAGGCAACGUUGGACUGCUGAAGAAGAUGCAUUGUUACGCGCUUACGUGAAGCAGUUUGGUCCGAGAGAAUGGCACUUAGUGUCGGAACGCAUGAACAAGCCCCUGAACCGUGACGCCAAGUCCUGUCUCGAGCGUUGGAAGAACUACCUCAAGCCAGGGAUCAAGAAAGGGUCAUUGACUGAGGAAGAACAGAGACUAGUGAUCCGUCUUCAGGCCAAACACGGCAACAAGUGGAAGAAAAUUGCGGCAGAAGUGCCCGGAAGGACAGCGAAGAGGCUGGGAAAGUGGUGGGAAGUGUUCAAGGAGAAGCAACAGAGAGAGCAGAAGGAGAGUAGUAAGAGAGUUGAGCCUAUAGACGAGAGCAAGUACGAUAGAAUUCUCGAGAGUUUCGCCGAGAAGCUCGUGAAGGAACGGUCCAUUGCCGGUGCUUCUGCAUCUUCCUCGACGUCCUCCUCCUCGCUCGUAAUGGCGAAUUCGAACAGCGGAUUUCUCCACAACGACCCGUCUCAUAAUAACCCGGUGAUACCUCCAUGGUUAGCCACUUCGAACGGCUGUAACCCCAACAAUGUGAGGCCACCUAGGUCUCCCUCUGUGACCCUUAGCUUAUCUCCAUCGACCAUGGCUGCAGCCACUCCUCCACCGCCCAUCCCGUGGCUGCAGCCACCCGAGAGGGCAACUGAGAACAACCCGGGAUUGGUUUUAGGGAGUAUUCAACCAGGUCACGGGAUAAACCCUUCAAUGCCCGGUUGUAGCAGCGAGGGUCUGUUCUUGGCCGAGCUUGUGGAGUGUUGCAGAGAAUUGGAUGAAGGGCACCGAGCAUGGGCCGAGCAUAAGAAGGAGGCGGCAUGGAGAUUAAGAAGGCUAGAGCUGCAGCUCGAGUCAGAGAAAACGUGUAGAAGACGUGAGAAGAUGGAGGAGAUAGAGGAGAAGAUCAAAGCUCUGAGGGAGGAGCAGAAGACAGCGAUGGAGAAGAUCGAGAACGAGUACAGAGAGCAGAUCUCGGGACUGAGGAGAGAUGCGGAGGCGAAGGAGCAGAAAUUGGCCGAUCAGUGGGUGGCUAAGCACCUGAGGCUGACCAAGUUUCUUGAGCAGGUGGGUUGCAGGCCAAGGCUAGACCGGCCAUGACCGGACAGACAAGAGAAUCAUGUCUGGUGAUGCUAGAGAUGAAUGAGUGAUUGGAAACUUGCAAGUGUUGGUUCUUGUAAUGUUUAUGUUAAGCUUUUUGGUUUGGUUUUUUAUUUUUGAUUUUUGAUUUCAUCUCUCGCAUGUUUCUGUGACACUCUAUCACUAUAAACCCAAUCUUCUAUGGAGAUGGGUCUUCUGAAACAUAA